AUGUGGUUCUGGGAGUAUGUUUUAUACAUGUACGGCCAAAGAUACGUUUUGGGUCAGAAAGUCUGUCCAAGUGGAGACCUCGAGCCUGCGUAUAUGAAUCGCAACGAUCAACUGCUUGCAUACAAUGCAACGGCUGCUUCUACUACAUUCGCAACCGUUACCCAGACUUCAGCCGCUGAGACCGCAGGAGCGACCGACACAUCGAAUACUGCCCAAGAAAAAGAUGAUACGCCCGUAGCUGCCAUCGCAGGUGGUGUGGCAGGUGGUGUCUUCGCCCUCACUGCCAUAGCAGGUUUCCUAAUCUACUACUGCUGCUUCAUCAAGAAAUCGAGAAAAGCCCGCGCAGAGAGACAAACAGCAGAAGAACAGACAAACAAAGAAAUGCAACUGCGACUUCAACAGCACCGCGAUGCACCACCAGACUACACAAGCCCCUCACACAUCCCAGCCCCUUUCCACCACUCCACCGACAACAGCAACAGCAAUAACAAUAACACUUACUACGCCUACACCCACCCGCACGAAGACCAACCGCCUUCCCCACAAGAACUCCCCAUCCACUCCCCCAAUCCCAACAAGUCCUCCCCAACCCACACCCGUGGACCCUCCGAACUCUCCGCCGACAACACACUGAGCGAACUCGAAACCCCAGAUACAACACCAAAGCACCAUCCAGGCGAAUUCAAACAGAUACCCAGUGCGUUUGUGCAGACGCCGCCAACGGAGUAUACCGAGGAAGCGCUGCAUGUGCGGAACGGGGCACGCGGGCGGGGGAGACGGAGUAGGUUCGUGGAGAUGAGUCCGAUGGGUGGGGUUGCAAAUGGGGCGCGUGAUGCAAGAUCAACGGAUCCUGUGGUUGCGAGGAGUGCGUGGGUUGCACCGCAGGACUGGGGAUUUUAUCCUCCGGCUGUGGCGGAGGGCGGGUUGAGGAGUCAACGGGGAAGUCGGAAGGGGCGGGGGUUAGGGGUGGAUGGGGUGGAUGAUAUCAUGGCGAGGAUGGGAAGAUUGGAGAGAUUGGAUGAUCAGAGAGCGGUGAGGGGUGGAUCGAAGCCGUGUCGUGAAGACGUUGGUGACACUUGA